AUGAAUUCAGAGGCUUUUGCCUCGAGGAGUUCCCCAGCGCUGACAGCACGCCUGGUCACCACGCUGGAGCGCCUUCGUACAGCGGGCACCGCGGCCGAGGAUGUGGACAGCUCUCUGGCUUCACAGUUGUGCGCGCUCCUCGAGAACCUGAAAAUCUUAUCGUUGAAGCCGUCUGAGGCCACCCGAGUCGCAGUGCUGCUUGCUGAGGAGUUCACGCGCCGACACGAGCAAUCCUCUGCAGAACGAGCUCCGAGUGGCGAGUUCGCUCUCGGAUUCCUCAGCCUCAGUGCUCGCAAUUGGCGCCUGCGCUCACGCUAUGAAGCAUUUAAACUAUACGAACUCAAAUCUCGAACCCGGCGCGCUGAUCGUGUGCCGUGGCCUGUGGCGCUCGGCGCUGGCCCCGUGUCGCAGACAGCGGCCAGCUGCGAUGACCCGACCGAGGCGAGGGAGCACACGGAGAGUGACCUCGAGCUGGCGGCUGUGAGUGUUUGUGCGCAGCUUGUGACGCGCAUACCCCAAGAUGUGCUCACGUUGUGCUGUUCUGCAACAGAUGCAUGCAAUUCGCCAAACGGACGCAAAGUGCUGCAAUUCCUUGCUGGCAUCGUCCUUGGUGCUGCAGAUGGUCGUAUUCUACGGUACUUUACGAAGCUCAUGCAACACCAAACCGCUGACGGGCGAAACGUGUCGAGCGCCGGGCAUCAUGGUCAACGGCAACGCUCGAAACGGCAGUCGCAUAGACGCACAAGCGAAAAAGCGAUCGAUGCGCUGGUAGAGUCGCCAAACUGUUCGCCGGUGACACCCGGCGCCACGGACGAUGACGUAGGAAGUGAGCAGUCUUGGGAUAGUCACGAUGCGGAGGGUUUCAUCGACCCAUCGCUGGCGACGGAUCCGAACGAAGCAGAGUUCUGGGAUGCGUUCGAAUACGCGCGGGUUUUGGCAGCCGCCAACCGGUCCGAUGCUUCCUCGUGUUUGCGAACAGCAUCACAACGGGUCGUGAGACUUGCGGAGGGCAACACCGACGGUAGAAUCGAAGAAGCAGCGACACCAGUGCAAUUUCCAACAGCACCAGAAUCACCAUUAGCGUCAGCGCCGCGGUAUCUCUAUACCAAGCCAUAUCGACACAGCGUUCUGCUGCCUGCUGAAGAUUCAUCGACGACGAUCCCGGAGCCGAGUGCCAACAUUCAUGCCGCUUGUCAGGUGCGGCACCCGUCGAUGGCGCUUUCGCGAUGCCCCAUAAUGUCGGAUGCCGAUGAGCAAGCACUAAUCCUGAGCGACUUUCCAUACCACGCUGCCGCGUAUGCAUUUCUACAUGUACUCGAGAGCUGCGCGGCUGUGUCGCGCCCGAAUCCCGAGUCGAUGGCCGCCACAGCAGCUGAUCCGCUGUACCUGGCGUUUUCGACCUCCCUGGUCUUACCAGCGUUUGCCUUCGUGCUCCGCAACGAUAUCAUGGAUAGGUCCUCGUUCUGUAUGCGCUUUCCACCUCUCAUUAUGAAGAAAGCGUUUGACACGAUUCGAGCCACGAACGAGCCCCGCUUUGGCGCGCUGCAUCGACUUUGGCGUCAAGCAGGGCUGGGCGCUUUCCUCGCUGUAGCGGCACGACGGUACAGUGAACUGGGCGAGAUUCCGCUAUCGAUGCUCGCGACGGAUGCAGCAUGCGUCCUGGCGGGCAAGUGGGAAGACUGUUUCGGUUUUCUGGUGACGAAUAGACCAGAGUCACAGCUUUUGGAUGAUGAUCCGCUGGUGCAGACACCAGAACAGCACGCCGCUGGUCGCCGUCGGAGUUCGAGUCGCGGAACCCAGUCGGAAAGAAGAGCGUCGCUGCGGAUGCGGGCCCGCCGGCUUGACUGGCGGAGUCGUCGCCCUUGGCGGCCAUUCGCAGCUGGACUGGAAGGUAGGGAUGCGACCGCGGCUGCUCCCGAGGCCUCGACAGCUAUCGAGGACGCUUUGCAGCUUGCGGAGCGUCUCGAAAGCAGCGAGUCCGCUCGGCAGCAAACGGAGGCCUCGGCCCGCACGGGGGCUGCUGCAUCCGAUGCUGCCGGGCCGGAUACGCCCACCGCUGCUACAACAAGUGCGCCGCGCAACACAAAAGAUCAGUUAACCGCUACCCUGGAUUCUGCGUCGAUCGAGGCGGCCCCGGCACGACUGCUUCGAAGAACUAGCAGCCGACACAGUCAUUCGCUUUCGGGCGCAGAGCCAGCUGGUGAAGCCGCGCGUGCACCACGACCAGGAGCGACGCCCAUAGACGAGAAGGCGUCCGUGGUACCAGCCGCACCAGAGACUCUUGACACCGAAAGCGUGGGCCCCGGGCGGCGUCUUUGCUGUGCAUCCAUGUUUGCACACACGCAGCGGAUACCGAGCGAGCCGCCCUCGACCUGGCUAGAACUGCUGCGAGCGUGGCGGAGAUUCAAUGAAAGCGACGAGCCGCGCUGCCCCCCGGAGCUCUUUCGACGAACGCAGAGACUGGUGCGUCGUUGUGGCAUCCCCGAUCGCCUGAGAAAGUAUUUUUGGCCUCUGUUCUUGGAGGUAGAGCGCCGACGGGGUCGGUCGCCGCCCAACUGGUACCGCACGCUUUUGCGCAAGGCUACUGCGGCACCGGACUCGUCCCGCGCUGACACCACUGGAAGCCGUGGUGGUGCAGCAGCGAGUACCAUGCCGGCCCCGGGAAGCGGUCCAGUGCCGCGUGAAGUGCUCGAUAUCAUCGACCGAGACGUCACGAGGACGUUCUGCAACCAUCGAUUGUUCUGGCGCGGUGGGGCAGCCCUGGGACUUGGCGCCUUGCGCAACAUUCUGCGAGCUUAUGCCUGUCUGGAUCCGGCCGUGGGCUACUGCCAGGGCAUGUCGAGCAUCACCGGAGCGCUGUACAUAUACGCGGGCGGCAGCGAGGAGCGCUGCUUUUUCAUGCUUGUGCAGUUUAUGCAGGGAGCGUUGCAGUUUCGGGAGUUUUUUCUUCCGGGGUUUACUCGUCUAUGUCAGAGCGUAGAGGCGUUCGCUUGGCUUCUGCAUCGGAAACUGCCCCGGACUGCACGCCUGCUUGAGGCGAAAGGUAUUACGCCCAUGAUGUUCGCGGACAAAUGGUACCUUACCGCUCUCCUGUACAAUUUCCCGUUUCCGCUCGUGAGCCGCGUCUGGGACGCGCUGCUCCUCGACGGCCACGUCAAGGUUCUCCAUCGCGCGACGCUGACGUUGUUGAAGCGAGCAGAACACGCGGGCAGGCUCUCCCCGGAGAUUCCCUUUGAGGAUUUGUUGAUGUAUUUGCAACGUGGCUUCGCCACCGACAAGGCCGUGAUCCCAUCGAUCGGUGUCUUCAUGAACGAUGUAUGGCACAGCGUGUCAUUCUCACGCCGCCAGCUCCAUCCACUGGAGCAGGCACCUGAAACGGCGACAGGCACAAGGAUGCAGCAUUGCGCGCCAACCGGCCGGCGGAUGCUUUUGUUUGCACGCUUUCGACAACGCAUGGAAGCAUUCCGAAACGCGCAAAAACGGAAGCAGCAGGCGCAUCGAGAGGCCGCCAUGCCGCGCAAAACGCAGGCUCGCACUGAAGAGGAAGGCUCGCUGCGGCAAGUGCUCGCCGAAUCAGUUGCAGCCGAACAGAUUGCGUCACUACACCGUACGGACUCGGCCAUUACGUCACUCGACUCGUUUUAUACUGAAAAAGGCGGCUGGAAGCGUGAUCCGCCGCCAGUGUGCACCGAGCGGUAUCGUCGCAGGGGCAUGCUCUUCACCCUGGGGCACCGGAUGCUUCCAUGCGUGUUUCCCGGGGAUGGCUAG